AAAAUUGAUCAACAAUUGGUUAUAUGGCAGUUUUAUAAUCCCCUCUCUCUCAUACACUAUUAAAAUUCAAGAAAGGGACAACGACGCUUGUUCGUUUGUUGCUUGCUGCACAGUCUCUUGUAAACCGUUGAUAGUGUUGUGUUUACUUUUUCAAGAAAAAAUGGCAGUAAAUGAGUGUUACGGAAUGAUUAAAUAUAUUCUCGUAUUCGUGAAUCUCAUAUUCUGGGCUGUUGGAUUAGCCGUGGUGGUAUUAGGAUCAUGGAUGAUGACGGACAGAACAUUUUUGGUAUCCCUAUCGGAACAGGAACAUCACUACAAUAUGGGACUUUACGUUCUUCUUGGUGCAGGAAUUUUGAUUAUCAUUGUAUCUUUCCUGGGAUGUUGUGGAGCUUUCAAAGAAUCGCAAUGCAUGCUGGUCACUUUCUUCAGUUUGCUUUUGGUUGUAAUUGUUGCACAAGUUGCUGCUGGAGCUUGGCUCUACACAAACAGAGAGCGAUUAGAUGAGCUGGUUAAGGAUUCUUUCGCUGAAACUGUCAAGAAUGAAUACGGUAAAAUUGAAUACCGUACGGAUAUUGUGGACACUGUUCAAUCUAGUUUCGGCUGUUGCGGAGCAUCUGGUCCUUCUGAUUGGGCUUCGAGUAAAUACAAUAAAGAUGGACAGGAAGGAUUAAGCUUUUCAGUAACUGCUAACACCAAUAUAUAUAAGAUUCCACAAUCCUGUUGCAUAAAUAAAGAUUCACCAGCCUGCCGAGGUGGACCUAAAGUUAAUCUCGGAGCUCGUAUUAGUUCGGAAAUUUAUUCAGAUGGAUGUACGGAAAAAGUGAUAAAUGCUCUAAAAUCUCAAGGAAUUAUAAUUUUUGGCGUUGCAAUUGGAGUGGGAAUAUUGGAAUUUUUAGGUCUGAUUUUCUCAUUGAUUCUCUGCUGUGCAGUCGGUUCAUCGGAAAGGUAUAAGGCCUAAAAAAAAAAAGAAAAAGAAGAAAAAGCUUUUUCAUGUAUCAAGACUAUCCCUUCUUACGUUUAUCCCCUUGUGUAAAAAUAUCCUGUUGUCUCGACUUAAUUUUCUAUGAUAAAAUUCAAGGAGUCGGAGAGAGAAAUGAAAUCGGCAACUGAUAAUGACUAAAACACAAAAUGGGGCCAUAUUUAAAACGUAAGAUUCGAUUAAUUAUACACUCCAAAGAAAAAUUUAUUAUCAUUCGCAAAAAGUGGAACAAAAUGAAAAAAUGAUUGGAAAAUUAAUUCUAAAAAAAGGAACGAAUCUAGAGUCUAGAUUUUCACUAACUGGGACCUGAAAAAGAAACAAAAGGUAAAUAUUUAAUAUUAUUCUCGUAUCUACCGUGCGACAAAUUUUUGCAUUGCAAUUGUGAAUUUAUUGCAUAAAUUAAAGAUGAUAUAGUCGCACAAUUAGGAAUUGAUUACAGAAACGAAAAAAAAAAAUAAGUUCCACAUUUUUAAUAAUUUGUACUCAAAUAUUUCUCGUAAAAAUAUAAUCUUUACCACCAAAGAUUUGAGUUAACAAGAGAAAAAAAAAAUGAUCAAAUAGAAAUAGGCUUUUUUUUAUAUAAUAUAAGAAAAAAAAUUCGGCAAGUCGAUUAAAAAAAAAAAAAAAAAAAUUCUAAUUACAAAGAAAAAUUAAUUCGACUUGUCGCAUUUUUCACAAUAUACCCGAUGAGCUUAAAAUUUUAUUUAGCUUUACAAUUUACAUUUCGUCUUCGAAUGUGUUCAAAUACUUUGACGAAUCUCUAAGAUAAACAGUACAACUUUUUUUUUGUAUUUAUGUUUUAAGUUACGGUGGAUACGUUACUUUGUUGAAUACAAAAGAAAACAAAAAUAUCUCAAUAUUUACUUUAAUCCAAAAAUCUUUAAAAUGCAAAAUCGAAAAUGCACUCGUAAAAAAAACGAGUAAAUUAUAGAUAAUCAAGAUAUCUAGAAAAAUAUGAUAUAUUCUGAAUAUGAUGCAAAAAUUUGCACGUGGCCAAAGAAUUCGUUUUUGAAAUCCUUUUUUUUUAUUUAAAAAAAGGAAUUCUAAUUUUAAAAAAAUUAAAAAUAUGAGAUUUAUAUUACAAAGCACGUUGAAAACGUGUAUAUCAUUUAUUAGAGAUACUUAUAAAAGAGAUUAUUAACUCUGAAAGCUCUUAUUAAGGCAUUGUCGAUAUUGAUAUAUUGUUGAAAUCUCAAUGACGAUCAAUUUGUUAUAGUAGAAGAAGAAAAAAAAACAAACUAUAACAAUGUUGCAGCCAUGACAAAGACUUAAUGUAUGAUGAAAGAAGGUAUUAAAGUAAAAUAUAAUUGAUAUCAUAAAUAAUAUUUACGUAAUAUUAUAUUUAAAAGAAAAGAAAAGAGUAAUAUUAUAUAAAAUUUAUAAUAUUCUAAGAUAGAAAUCUUUCGAUUUCAAAAGUCAUAAUAUUAACGUACAGCAUAAUAACAUACCUCGUUGAUCAUUUAAUAAUUUUGAUAUUGAUAUUUACAAUAUUUUUCGGUUAUUUUUUUUCUAUUCUCUAAAUUUUUCUAUGUCGUGUUUGUAUUUGCUCGAAGUCUACAGUUCAACGUUCUCCAAACAAUAUUUCUUUUUCAAUUAGUUUUUUGCACUUGAACUAAAAAAAAAAAAACUAAUUUAAAUAAUAUUUUGGAAAUAAGUCAAAGAGAGAUAAAUUGAAAACGGAAACACUUUCAAAUGUAAUUAAUUCAUUCCCAAAAUAUGCGGCAAAUAUAUAUAAGAUUUUUUUUAAGACUGCAGACUUCGUUAAAGAAUAUUAAAUUAUUUACUGUUAAUGAAAAAAAAAAGAAACAAGAAUGAAUGUCAUUGUAUUGAGGAUUUGUAACAAUGCAAUAAGUCAUAUUAUUAGUUAAUAUAUGUGGAGAUUUAUGAUAAUAUAUAAAUCAUAAUAUAACAAUUAUUUUUAAGUGAUUAAUACUGUGCGUAAUUUAUAUUUGUUUAAAUCAAAUUUUUUUUCCGCAAUAGUUUAUUUUUUUUCCGCAUUUAUUUAAAAACAAAAAAAAAGAAACAUAAUCCCUUGCUGUAUGAAUGUGGAACAAAAAAAAAUCUGUGUCAUGUAGUCUCAAAGACUUGGGAGAUUUUUCCAAAAUUAUAUUUUCGUAAUUGAUGGUAUUCGCAUUUAAUUUUAUAUUAUUAUACAUAUAUAUAAUAUAAGAGAGGCUACAUGCAAAUGUCAAAACGUUCAAUAUAUACAUAUAUAUAAAAUUUCAAAAGAA